AUGGCUCAAUCACAGUACUCUCAACCAAAAUCUGAUUUGUCUGUGCCUCCACCAACUGAUAUCAAGACGUUUCCACUGGGCACAAGUCCAAGUCUGAUCUUGUCGGUGGAAGACAUCCAUUCAUUGACGACUUCAGCGUUGGAAAAUAACUUGGCUAUCUAUUGCGAGGCCUUGGUAUUAGGCGGCGCCAUCUCUGCCAACAAGACGAUCAGCCUUGAUAUACACUCAAAUUCACUCCAGGUAGUCAGUGGAGGUGGCGCAGUUGACCUCAGUGGCCAGCCCGGCACCUCUGGUAUCCCUGGUACAGGAGAUGCUGGUCAGAAUGCACCAAAUAGCGGUGGGUGUGUGGCACUCUCUGUAGAGUGUUUUGACAACACUAUCAGUACAAACCCUGUCCAAAUCAAUGUUGCCGGAGGUUCAGGGGGCGCUGGCGCCUCCUCCAAUAAACAAAUGCUUGGCGGAGCAGGUGGCAAUGGUUCAUCUGGUGGUAAAGCCAUUAUUGCCCUUGGUAGUGUCCCGUUGUCACUAGCUGCUGCUGGCAACCUUCUGUCAGAUGUGGUUAAAGGGUUGAUAACCGAUGACAAUCUAAAUGCAUUCAUCAAUCCUAUCAAUAAGUUUGUCACCACGAUUCGACAUGCGACUUUUAUAGACGGCAAGAGUCUUACGACUGUUAUACAUGAGUUACCAAAGGUUAUUAUUCAAGUCCUUGGAGCGUUUGCCAAAACCCUAGAGACUGCUAUUACGCAACAGGUCGAUUGUGCGGGAGGCGACUAUGGGGUUGGGGCUCGAGGCACCUCUGAUCGUGGUGCAAACGGUCAAAGCGGACCAGCUGGCUCUUAUAGUUUUAUGGAGCUUACAGAUGUUUCUCAGCUCUGCCAAAGCUCCAUGAUCAUAGCACACCCGGAUCAAUGCUUGAUGCUUUUGGAGAAAGCCAAAACGCUUUAUUUCAUCGGCGAUUCCAAAAGUCUAGCAUUGUGCGAGGCCUACUCAUAUAGGCUCAUCAUGAGGUUAGGCUUUACGAGGAGAUUGAAGCCGAACGACCCAAUCUGCAGCGCAUAUCGAAAUGCAGAGCAAGCACUCUUCAUAAUUCCCAAUGGAGAUACCACUGGGGUGCCAGCCAGCAUGAAAAGCUUACAGUACGUCGAGACAGCGGCAAGUGGCUUAUGGAAUCAACUCGUGCGGCAGAAACUCGAUUAUUAUGGCCAAUCACCAUCCGAUGUUCCGCGGGGCUCGUUCAACUUCUUCGGGAAACAAUUCAAACUUGCAUUGCAGUACCUGACUGAGAUUGAGAAAUCUUACACUGCGUACGUGGCACUUGAUGCCCCAGAGACGCAACAACAAGCAGCGGUACAGACAGGAGCGAGCCAAUGCCAACUUAUCAUUAGUCAUGCGAACGUCGAAAUCGGCCAGUUAGAGGUACGACUGGAUGCUGCUUCAAGGAAAAUCGCAGUUUUCCAAGCUGCUAUGUCUCCAGCGUACAAUGAAUUGACGGCAGCGAUCCAAGAGGUUGAGAAACAAAUUAUGGAUAAAGUCUCGGUGGACAAUAUCCUUUUCACAGAUGUUCUUGCGGCAUUUUCUCAGGUUGUCGCUGCCCCCGAAAGUUCCAUGGCUUCCAUGGGCGCACUUCAAGUCUCUGGUCUUCUGCACAACGAAGCAACUACGAUCCCAGACAACACGGGCGGCAAAAUAGACAAGAAUCUACUCAUCACUCAAAUUGAAACAUUUGAUCCAAGUGCUGCUGGUCUAGCCGAAGGUUACAAAGUCGCGAAUAACGGACAGUGGAAGCCUGAAGAUGAAGGAGCCGCAAAGCUGAUAGCAGCACGUGAGCAGUUACUUACGUUACUGGCACAAUACAGCGAUUCGCUGGGUCAAAACAGCCUCCAUAAGGUCGGCGAUGCCUACCAACACUAUAUAAACACUGUUCUCGCACGCAAUGAGGCUCUUUUGGACUACAACGCUUGUGUCGUAGUUUGGUACAGAGAUCAACAGGACAUUGCCCAUUAUACAGCCACCGCAGCCACUCUAUCUAGCCAAGCCUUGGCUGAUAUUGAUGUCAAUAUCCCGACUCCUACUGUAUUCAUGGAAAAGCUCUAUGCUGAUGCUGUCAAUGUUGUCCUACGAACUCUGUACUUCACAGAGAGAUCCUACCAGUUUUGGGCUCUCCGUUUGGACGACCCUAUCGCGAGCACGCUCUCAGGAACCCCGUUUCCCCAGCUUAUCUCUACUCUUAUUGAAGCAACUGGGGAGUCUUUGCUCGAGGACUACGAAUCGGCCAUCGAGAGCUUCACGAGUGCACCCCAGUCCUUUAAAAGGCUCCAGGUGCCACUCUCGCCUUCAUAUAUCUCUUCGUUCAAGAAAUCCAAGCAAACCAUCUGGACUAUUAACAUCGCGAAGCCCAACGAAUCGCUCCUAGAUAAUCCUUUCGCUGGGAAAUCCAAUGUGCGCUUGAUUUAUGUACGAUUCUACGCGCCCGGCGCCAAAACCAGCACGGGUUCUCUGCAGGCUAACAUUGCUCACCUUGGCAGCGAGGACAUAUACAACCAGAGCGGCGAAUCAUUCCACUUUUCGCAUAGUAUUAUUAAUUGUCACUUUGCCUAUAAAAUUGGUACGGGGUCUAUCACAACAGAUGGCGACAUUGGGACAAAGUCUGAAGGCAUAUAUGCCAAUGUUGGGCCGUUCACACUUUGGCAAAUUACAACAACCGAAGAUUUGAGCCCUGGUUUGGACCUUUCGGCAGUUACUGGAGCAUAUCUCGAGUUUGAUGGUACGUUUCAGGCGUUUCCGCCACCCUAG